AUGCAAGUAUCAAACGUUCAAGAGGUGCACGAAGACGAAUUACGUGACCUUUGCAGCCAGUACAACGAAGUGUUCGAACCAGCCAUGGGUGUCAUAAAAGACUUCAAAGCAAGUGUCUUUUUAAAGCCAUCAGCAACACCAAAGUUUUUCAAGAGCCGUCAAAUUCCAUUCGCACAGAUGGACAAAUUCAGAGCUGAAGCAGACAGACUUACACAAGCUGGAAUUUGGAAGCCGAUCAAAUUUAGUAAUUGGGCAUCACCAAUUGUACUAGCACCUAAACCAGGUGGCGCUAUUCGCAUAUGUGGCGAUUUUAAGCAAGCAGUCAACGCGCAGAUCGAUGUCGAACAGUACCCGUUACCGACAAAAGAGUCUCUGUUUCACAUAAUACGUCACGGCAAGCAAUUCAGCAAAAUAGAUUUAAAGGAUGCCUAUCUUCAAAUGGAACUGGAUGAGGAUUCAAAAACUAUUAUGGUCGUCAACACACCCCUUGGCCUAUUUCAAUACCAGCGCCUUCCCUACGGAAUUGCCAGUGCACCAGCGAUCUUCCAAAGGUAUUUGGAACAGCUUCUAAAAGGAGUAGAAGGAUGUGGAAACUACUUAGAUGACAUCAUUAUCUCAGCACCUACAAGCGAGCAACAUCUAAAGCGAAUCGACCAAGUUCUCAGUAUUCUUCGUGAGAAUGGCAUUAGAUGCAAAAAGGAGAAAUGCUUCUUUUUCAAGGACGAGAUUGAGUACCUAGGACGAAGAAUCAGCGCUCAAGGGAUUCUUCCAGACAGCUCAGGCUUGGAGGCUGUUAAACUGUUGCGUCCGCCUUCUAAUCUGCAGCAACUAGAGGCAUUCAUGGUUGGCCGCACCAUUAAACCAACUUCGGAGAAAAAUGUAGCAUACAUUUUCGGGCCACAACAACAACAAGCUUUCACAGCCCUGAAGUCCCAUAUUAUCAACGCGACGCAGCUAGCUCAUUUCGACGAAAAUCUACCACUAGUCCUAGCGACGGAUGCAUCAUCUUUUGGUAUUGGUGUAGUCCUUUCACAUAUCCAAGAUGAUGGCAAGGAGAGACCUAUUGUUUUCGCAUCCAAAACGCUUGACAAGCAUCAGGUUAAGUACAGCCAAAUCGAAAAAGAGGGACUUUCUAUAAUAUUUGGAGUUAAACGUUUUCACCAAUAUUUGUACGGCCGAAAGUUUACCCUUAUAACGGAUCACAAGCCACUAGUAACGAUCUUCAAUCCAGGCAAGCAUCUGCCUUUAAUGACAUCAAACAGGCUACAGCGCUGGGCCAUCAUUCUCAUGGCCUAUAUUUUUGAGAUACAGUAUCGUUCUACAUCUGCUCAUGGCAACGCAGAUGCCCUAUCGCGCCUUCCCGUGGGCAUGGAUCCAGAUUUCGACAGAGAAGAAGAAGCCUGCCACAUCGAAAUGGAACUGUCACCACCGAUCAAUUCUGAGAUCAUUCGCAACCACAUCGAAAAGGACAAACUUCUCAAACAAGUCUUACGCAUCUGCAAGUGCAACAAUCCUGCUCCUCCAAAAGAGUACCAAAGUUGGCCUGCAGCUACAACAGCGUGGGAGCGAAUCCAUAUCGACUUCGCCGGCCCAAUAUUCGACUCCAUGUGGCUAAUCUGUGUAGACGCUUACUCGCAGUUCCCAUUUGUAGUUCAAAUGUCGUCCACUACAACAUCCAACACGAUCGCUGCACUAUCAUCGAUAUUCGCCAUCGAAGGAUAUCCAAAAACCAUGGUCAGCGACAACGGUCCGCAGCUUACGGCUGACGCCUUUGAGGAAUUCUGCAAACUUCAUGGAAUAAAACACAUUACUACAGCACCGUUCCAUCCAGCAUCCAAUGGAUUAGCAGAGCGUUUCGUUCAGACGUUUAAAUUCUCUGUCAAGAAAAACCUCAAAGACGGUAUACCACUACGAGCAGCAGUUACUAAAUACCUUGCUUCCUACAGGUUCACUCCAAAUUCCUACGGAAAAUCUCCCGCCGAGUUAAUUCAUGGUCGUCCAGUCCGAACCGUACAAAGCCAACUUUUCGAGCAGCCUGUCGAAGCCAAGCUAUCAGUUACCAAGUACGUCCCAAAUCAAAUGGUCUACGCUCGUAAUUAUGCAAGGGGAGAAAAGUGGAUUGAAGGAUCUAUUGACCGUCCAAUUGGAAAAAUGGUUUUCUUGGUUCGCACCACAAAUGGUUAUAUCAAGCGCCAUUUCAACCAGUUAAAACCGAAGUUCUCAGCAAGCAGCUCCAUCGAAAAACCUCCAGAGUUCUUUUGGAUCCCAGAUAUUCCGCCCUCUUCAAAUCAUCCACUGCAACAACAUGAUCAGCCACUACAACAACAUGAUCAGCCACUACAACAACAGGAUCAGCCAUUACCACAACAAGAAGAUGAACCAGUAACUCCGUCAACCGUUCAGCAACGUCAUUCUGAACCUGAGCCACCCGAGAGCUCCACGUAA